AUGUCGUCGGUUCUCUCCAGUACAGACUCUGUGGGCGCCGAGCCCUCCGUCUGCCCCAACGCAGCCAAGCUCAGCAACACGCAAGCCAAAGGAGUGGCUGCCAUUUUGAAAGGGGGGUGCAAGGUCAACGGAGAAGCCAUGUUGAACGGCCACAAGCUCUCCAUUAAUGGAUCGGCUCAAGUGAACGGGGACAGUGCUGGCCAUAAGGCCCAGAAUGGGUCGGUCCAUGUGAACGGGCACGAGGGGAAGAACGAUCUAGAGAAGGCAGCCGCAGGCGUGCAGGAGAGGCAGUGGAUCCGUCCUGACUUGCCCAGCAAAUGCACUUGGAAACUGGGCGGGUCUUCCGUAGAUUCCCCUCACUGCCACUCUGAACUGACUGAAGCCCCCAGCAUUCUACCCAACAUCCUCGGGAAGAUCGGAGACACACCUCUGGUCCGCAUGAACAAGAUCCCCAAAGCCUUUGGCCUUAAGUGUGAACUCUUGGCCAAGUGUGAGUUCUUUAACGCAGGGGGCAGUGUGAAGGACCGUAUCAGUCUAAGGAUGGUGGAGGAUGCAGAGAGAAAUGGGAUCCUCAAACCAGGAGACACCAUCAUCGAGCCCACCUCUGGCAACACAGGUAUUGGUCUGGCCCUGGCCUCUGCAGUUAAAGGCUAUCGCUGCAUCAUCGUCAUGCCUGAGAAGAUGAGCAUGGAGAAGGUGGAUGUGCUUAGAGCCUUGGGGGCGGAGAUCGUGCGUACCCCAACCGCCGCCCGCUUUGAUUCGCCGGAAUCCCACGUGGGCGUGGCCUGGCGUCUGAAGAAUGAGAUUCCCAACUCUCAUAUCCUGGACCAGUACCGUAACCCUAGCAACCCCCUGGCCCACUACGACACCACUGCCGAGGAGAUCCUGGAGCAGUGCGAUGGUAAGGUGGACAUGUUGGUGGCAGGAGCUGGCACAGGUGGCACCAUCACUGGUAUCGCCCGCAAGCUGAAGGAGAGAUGCCCCAACAUCAAGAUCGUGGGUGUGGACCCUGAGGGUUCUAUACUGGCUGAGCCAGAGAAGCUGAACAAAACCGAUAAGACCCAGUACGAGGUGGAGGGCAUCGGAUACGACUUCAUCCCUACUGUACUAGACAGAUCUGUAAUUGACAGGUGGUAUAAGUCCAAUGACGAUGAGUCUUUUGCCAUGUCACGCAUGCUGAUCAGGGAGGAGGGGCUUCUCUGCGGAGGUAGUUCAGGCACGGCCAUGGCUGCAGCAGUUAGAAUGGCCACAGAGCUGAAGGAGGGCCAGCGCUGUGUCGUCAUCCUGCCUGACUCCAUCCGCAACUACAUGUCUAAGUUCCUGAGUGACAACUGGAUGUGUGAUAAGGGCUUCCUAACCCCAGAAGACCAGAUGGUGUCCAAACCCUGGUGGUGGAACCUGAGUCUGCAGGGUCUGGACCUAUUUUCCCCCCUCACUGUGCUGCCUUCAGUUAACAUCAAGAAGACCAUCAAGAUCCUCAAGGAGAAGGCCUUCGACCAGGCACCCGUCGUUGACGAGUCCGGCGUGAUCCUAGGGAUGGUUACCCUGGGCAAUAUGUUGUCUUCAGUACUGGCUGGGAAGGUCAAGGCCUCUGACCCUGUCGCCAAGGUGCUUUACAAACAAUUCAAACAGGUGCGACUGACCGAUAACUUGGGAAAGCUGUCCCGUAUCCUGGAGACAGAUCACUUUGCCCUGGUGGUGCAUGAGCAGAUCCAAUACAUGGAGGAUGGCUCGCCCUGUCUUAGACAGAUGGUAUUCGGGGUGGUGACGGCCAUUGACAUGCUUAAUUACAUCACCACGCGCGAGAGGCAGGGAAGCACACGCGAGCGCACCCUGUCAGAGUGCUCAAUGACGUCAGAGUGCUCGCUGACCGACUAGCUGUGACCACUUCCUGUUUCCUGUGGAGAGGAGGAAGUGACCGCCCGCCUGACACCCUCUAAGUAACGACAAUGAAGAAGAAGAUGAAGAUGAUGUAGACAUUUAGAAGUGGUGGGGGUUGUGGUUGAGUCUUAAAACAAGUAUAUAUUAAUUUCCUCUCUUUUUGACUACAUUGAUUUUGUUAUUUGUCUGUGAUGAUAAUAAUUAUUCACUGUAGCUUAUACUGCGAUUGUAGCAGCUUAGCUGGUUUCAGAUACAUCGUUUUCCUCUAACUUUAAGGUAUGGGAAUUGCAUGUAACAAACAGUGUGCAACUAGAGACGUUUCCAUCUGCCUUGCCUCUUCAUUAUUGAAAGUCUUUAACUUUUUUUUAUCUACUUAAAAAUAAUAGUGUUCCUCUGACUUUUCAUUUUAUUGCAGAGGAUACUAAAACAUUACACUAUCCUCGGCUAGACUAACAACUCAGUAAAUGUGAAUCUUUCAGUUAAAUAGUCAUCAUAUAGCUACCAUUUGUAUUGCAUUGAGAUUAGUAUGUAACUGAUAUGCGAAUGAGCUUCAUCUUAAGACUAAAAAGCACAUUAUAGAUUCUUGUUUGCGUCUUUGAUACCAAUGAAGUUACAUCGCCAUUUAGUGGCAGCUAAAGACAGGGCAUGGGCCAAAAAAUGACUAUUUGGGUUGCUCAGUGUGAAAUGGUUACCAAGAAGAAGCGUUACAUUGACAACAUUCAAAGAGAUAGGAUGUCGGUGAAGAGUACCUGUCUUUCUGUUUGAAGGUUUUGGCAAAGUAACCAAGGUCGCAGGGUAGGUCAGGUUAAGGAUAGGAGAGUUUGGCACACAACCAAACUGCAACCCAAACAGUAUGACUUGUGUUGGGUUUUUUUUUUUCUUGUAUUGAAACAAGAUGUACUGAAUAGUUUGUUGGCUGAGAGUAUUUAAAGCAGAGAGGCCCCUCACAGUGCAGCUCUUUUAUACAGGCCUGUCUGUCUGGGGCAGGUUGUUUGAACUUUGUACUAUUUUUCUGUGCUUGUUGACUUCAUGUACAAUCAUUCAUGUGUCAUGUUAUGUGUGACCAUGGACCCAGAGCUGUUAUGAUCUAUUUACUUUAGCAGGGAUGUAUUUGUAUGUAUAUUUGUCUUUAGUGUUCUUAAGACGGAUGCUGCAGUAUUUGUGUGAGGUGAUGCAGUUAUGGAGGUGAUAUUUGAACUACAUUCCUGUCUCUUUAUUUCCGCUCUGGAUUCAGUUGUUCAUUUCAUAUUUUUCUAGAUUUUUUUUAUUCAGGUUCAUUUGUGAUGUAAGUAUAUUAUUACUAGCUUCCAAUAAAGACUUGUUCUUUUUCUCUUUAA